UAAAAAUACUUGUAAAUAGCAAAAAACUAGCAAAAAAUACAUAUACUUUUCGGCGCAGUCAAUAAGCUUUAAAUUAAAGUUGUACCAUCUGGGGAGCAGCGCUAUUUCGUAGCUUCCGGUUUCGGGUGGAAAAAUGUGUGAAGGCAACAGGAAACGCAUAACAUACGAUAGUGUUCACAAUCCGCGCUACAAUGACAAACGCAAUGUAGGAUGGUAUCAGAACAUGGAGUAUAUGAAGUACUGGCCUGGGGCCCGCUUUAUGUAUGUAUUCAAGGGCGGCGACCUUAACAGUGCUGCUCACCUGUUGGCCGAGUCCAUGAAGGAGCCUUUUCAAAUGUUUCCCUUUGCCUCGGUGGCGGUUCAACAGUCGGUACGGGAUGAGUUCAUAGAGCGAGUGCGUUGCCGCUUUCGUCAACUGAAACCACAUGUGGUGCUGCAUCCGAACUUUGAGCGAUCGGCCGACAUACUCAGGAACGGCGACAAAAAGUACAUAGUGGCCGACUGCAAGGAUGCACCGCCCUUUGCCAGUCCCAUCCUGGUGCCAAAUGUGACGCACCUGCACUUUGGCAGUGGCGCCUCAGGCGUUGUCACCGUGCAUUCCUUCAGGACCUUCAGAGAGGCGGCUAAUAUGUUUCUCAAUGAGUCGCCCCCUUUCGAGGUCGUGCAUGUUUUUGAUGAAAAAGUCACCUCGGUUUAUUCUAUAGCUAAGCGAAUUAGAUGCGUCGAAUUCUUUGUGAACUGCUCGGAUGUGUGUUUGCUGCCCAUCCUUCCCCAUUUCGCCAUGAAGAAGCCACGCACUGUCAUAUUCAAUAACUACCACUUUGAGACUUUAAAAUUGGGUGAUCAUUGGAGAAUCAUUGUGUUCCCCAUUUCGAAUAAUAUUUCACAUCCCUGCUGUUGCGCGCAGUUUGGUAAUUGCACGUGCUACCUAACCGGUGGGGAUUGCUGCGAGUAGCAGGAUUCGAUUAUUCAUAGGAAGACCAAAUUUCAAAGCUUUCGAAAAAUAUAAAUAAGAGAACACGUUGAAAUUAAUUUACUCAGCAGAUAAUAAAAGUAGCUAUCCGGUUGUUUCUAUGUUAAAUUUUCCAUUCUGCCUUUACACUUAUUAUUAAAUAAAUUAUUUACUUUUUUUCUGAA